AUGGCAGAGAAGCAGGAGGAGCCCAGCAACACCCAGAACGGGGAGCCCGACAACGCCGAGGAGGGCGAGGGGCAGAAGAAGAAGGUGAAGAGGGAAGACCUUCCACCCUUUGAGAUCGUGACGGGGGAGCGUCUCCCAGCCAUAUUUUUCAAGUUCCAGUUCCGGAACGUGGAGUACAGCUCCGGCAGGAACAAAACCUUCCUGUGCUACGUGGUGGAGACGCAGGGCAAGGAGUCGGUGACGUGCCGGGGGUACCUGGAGGACGAGCACGCGGCUGCCCACGCCGAGAUGGCCUUUUUCAACACCAUCCUGCCCAAGUGUGACCCCAACCUGCGCUACAACGUCACCUGGUACGUGUCCUCCAGCCCCUGCGUGACCUGCGCCCAGCGCAUCGCCGAGACCCUGCGCAAGGACAAGGCGCUGCGCCUCACCAUCAUGGUGGGCAGGCUCUUCAUGUGGGACGAGCCCGAGGUGCAGGAGGCCCUGAGGAGCAUGAAGGCAGCUGGCUGCAAGCUGAGGAUUAUGAAGCCUCAAGACUUUGAGUAUGUGUGGCAGAACUUUGUGGAGCAGGAGGAAGGGGAGGAAGCCAAGGCCUUCGUGCCGUGGGAGGACAUCCAGGAGAACUUCCAGUACUACGAGGAGAAGCUGGCGGAGAUCCUGCACUGA